AUGGAGGAUGAAGGUUGUGAUGUAGAGAGGAUGCAGUGCAGAGGCGAGAGAGUUUUUUUCUCUGAGUUUUUCUUGGUGAUUCUCCCAAAAAAUCUAGAGAAUGAAUCUGAAGGUCCAUUUGUUGUAGAUUUUGAAUGCAUGUUUGGAUUGGAGCAUGUUUGGAUUGGAGUUUAUGCAGGCCGAUAUUGUUUAUCAUUAUUGGUGAUGAAUGAAAGCUUUAGGCAGGGCAUAGAGAAUGUGGGAAACAUGAAAAUUUGUCAAGAUUAG